AAUAAUAUUAAAAAUGAAAAAGGAAAAAAGAGAAAGAAAGAAAUAAUUAAUUUUUGGGCUUUAAUAAUUUCACCUCUAAAUCCCCGCCUAAAAAUUCCCAACCCCAAAUAUAUUUAUUCUGUCUUUGAAUUUAAAAUAAUUUCCCCCAAAAAAAGUAAAAAGAAAAAAUUAGAUACAGCAAUGGCGGAAGCAAAAGUCGACCCGGAGCCCAUCGCCGCCCCCGCCUCGGCCGCCGCAGACGGCGGCGGCGUAUUGCGAUUGGGCCGACCGAAGCUCCGCCUUACGUCGGAGUACGACAGCGACACCUCCAUUUUCCUUCAGAAGGUGUCGUGCAAAUUAUUGGACAAUUUAGCUAAAUUGAAGCUGUCGUUCUACAACAACGGGAAAGGGGAGGUGUCUGAGCCCCAAAUCUCGUUCAUCUCGAAGUUCUUCUCGCUGCAAUACGACGUCGAGGAGCGCGAUGCUGUGCUCAAGACGUCGCUAGCAAUCGCGCCGGGAGUUCAAUUCCGAGCUGCGCAUCAAGUCAAGGCUCGACAAGGAGAGGUUUCAGUCGUUGCAGAUCUUGCUACCCCAGCCUACAAACUUGAAUUAGCAUCUGCUGUUCCAUCUGUUGGCAUGCCGAAGGCGACUUUCAGAUUUCCUCUUGGUGAAGUUUCAUUAGAGGAGAAGGAGGUGGAGGAUGAAGAAGAACAGAAAAGUGCUUUAUCAGUCAGUGGGAUCCUCAAAAGCAAUGUCUUAAAUGGUGUGUGCACUGCUCGAUACGAAGAAGAAAAUUGGGAUCUAAGAUAUGUAUUCAAGGAUGAGCAACUAACUUUCGUUCCGAGCAUUUCGCUCCCUUCAAAUGUUUUUUCAUGCGCAUUUAAGCGGAGAUUCACACCGUCGGACAAGUUGAGCUACUGGUACCACUUCGAUUCAAACAAUUGGAGCGCGGUCUACAAACACACAGUCGGGAAGGAUUACAAGCUCAAAGCCGGCUAUGAUUCUGAAGUCCGACUAGGCUGGGCAUCUAUCUGGGCCGGAGACGAAGCUGGCAAAGCGAAGACGGCCCCGUUGAAGAUGAAAGUGCAGUUCAUGCUCCAAGUUCCUCAAGAUGAUAUCAAAUCAUCAGCUUUGAUGUUCCGUGUGAAGAAGAGGUGGGAUAUAUAACUCCAUACAUGCAAGACUAUUAAUACUGUGUUUACAGACUUAUUGUUGUAAUUUUAGCUAUUUAUUUCUUUUAUUUUUCUCUAAUAGAAAUGUAUUGUUGUAAUACUUUUCAUCUUCAGGUUUUAUUAUUGUUAAGAGCCUUGUGGCUAUUACUACUUUGUUUAAUAUGAAAUGUAUCCAUUUAUCACAUUUUAGAGAA